AUGACCGCUGUUACUGAACCACCUAGAGAAACGCUUGACCCGAACCAGGCAUAUAGAGAGACUCAAUCUCACAUAUAUAGUCUUCAGGAGACAAUACUGGAUUCAACCAAAAAGGCUAAGGAAUCCAAGACAGAAUCACCGAAUGAGGGUCACAGCUCACCUAAACAAGAAACUACAACUCCAGAUAUUGAACCUAAGCAAACAACAGUGAACUCCUUGCCCAUUUUAAACCUAAAUGAGGAGUUGCACCAUGGUCAGGCACCAUCGUUUCUUGGGUCCCUGGAGUAUAAUAGUCAUAAAGUUGGAAACUUCAAUAAUUCGAAAACAUCCUCGGAAGUAUUCCAGCCUCCCUAUGUUAUCUUAUCAGAGGAACAUUUUUUAUCACACAUGCCAAGGCCAUUCAUUCCCGAAUUCGGCAUCGACAAAGCUUACUCUUUGUUGAAGAUACAUAUACGAUAUGAACAAUUACAGAACGCAUAUAAUAAUAUAUCGGCUCCAAGAACGACCAAUAACGAACUCUGGGGCUGUGAUAUAUAUACCGAUGACUCAGAUCCAAUAUUGGCGUUAAGGCAUUGCGGGUUCCAAAUAGACCCAAAAUUAACGCAAGGUAAGGUAAGAACCCCUGGGAAUUUACAGAAUACAGAUAAUGUUCAUGGUGGUCUACCAACUGAAGACGGGGCUGUGUUUGAUUUGGACCUUACUAUAAUUUUAUUACAAAAUUUACAGUAUUAUCCCUCUACCAGCAGAUUUGGACUUUCUUCGAGAAAAUGGGGAUCUCUACCUACUGAAUCUGAGAAUUGUUCUCCUCAUGAUGGACUUUCGUUUGGGAUCUACGAGAUUGCUAUUGUUAAGCGCAAUUAG